GGAACAAGCGAGGAUAAAUUAUAUAAUUUAAUUCGCUGGCAUGAUUUAGGUGUCCAGCUGCAGUUCAGCUCGAUUGCACCUAGCGGAGAGGCCAUGGGUGGCGACCAAUGCCUUGCAUUUCGUAGCUCUAGAUGGGAGUCGGGGCUCCGCGCAGAAUGACCAGGUGGCCUCAGGCAAGUGGCCCGAGCUUCCUCCUAGGGUGCGAGGGAGUGUCUGCACCCACACCUAGGUCCUUCUCACAGCUAUCUCCAUGCCUCUUCUUGUUCGCGGUCACCACCGUGCGCGGAGCUCGGGGGCUGCGGCGGCUGCUUCUCCGCGGCCCCGGCGGUGCCGGACCGUCCACUAGACACCCUCACGGCGAAUGCACGGGCUUCGUCACAGUCUUCGGCAGCCCAACGCUCCGAGGAGCCCUUGAGGGGGUACUAUGCACGUGGAGGGAAGCGGGACAGAACCUCUAGUCGUAGGCCCAUCUUCCCAGGCCUCUUCUCAUAAGGAACGCACACAGAGGACGAGGAACGUGACGGAAAGGCAGGAAGGCAAAGAAAAUCUUUCCCCGCAUAGGAACGCAAAUCUUCAGGUCUGGCUGUGUUUCCGGAGGCGUUUCUACCGGACCUAGGUGGGGACCAUUUUUCCGGUUCUCACCCCUAAGUCUUCCGAGUUCUGACCUCCGCUACUUCCGCCCGGAGUUGCCGUAGGCUCCCGCUACGAGUAGCUGCUUCCGCCAGGAGUCCCUAGCGGCACUCGCUAGGAAGCUGGUCCCAAAGCGGCCUUCUCCUUCUGUCCUCAGCCCCGGCGGCGGCUAAGUUGGGUGGCUGGGUGGCGGCAGCGCUCCCUGUGGCCGUGCCCCGGGCCUGGGUGACGGAGAAGUGCGGGAGGGCCUGGCCUGGCCUGGCUGCGGCCCGGGCUUUCCGCGGCCAGCGCGGAGCCCGCAGGCCUCGCCGCGCCCACCGCUCCUGGGGCGGGGCGCGGCCUCCCCGCCCCGGACCCCGCCCCGCCGGCCAGCCCUGCGCCGGUCCUUCUCUCCAGCCCUGCGGCGGGGCAGCCGCCUCCAGGCCCUGGGCUCGGCGGGCGCCCGGCUCCGGCCGCUGGGGCAACAUGGAGUUUGCGGAGCUGAUUAAGACCCCGCGGGUGGACAACGUGGUGCUGCACCGGCCCUUCUAUCCGGCGGUCGAGGGGACCCUGUGUCUGACGGGCCACCACCUCAUCCUGUCCUCGCGGCAGGACAACACGGAGGAGCUGUGGCUCCUCCAUUCAAACAUCGACGCCAUCGACAAGCGAUUUGUGGGAUCUCUGGGUACUAUCAUCAUAAAAUGUAAAGAUUUUCGAAUUAUUCAGUUGGAUAUUCCUGGAAUGGAGGAAUGUUUAAAUAUAGCCAGUUCCAUUGAGGCAUUGUCUACCUUGGACUCUGUCACUCUGAUGUAUCCUUUCUUCUACCGGCCCAUGUUUGAGGUGAUAGAAGAUGGCUGGCAUUCCUUCCUUCCUGAGCAAGAGUUUGAACUCUACUCUUCAGCUACCAGUGAAUGGAGGCUAAGCUAUGUCAAUAAAGAAUUUGCUGUCUGCCCUUGUUAUCCACCAGUUGUCAUAGUGCCCAAAUCCAUUGAUGAUGAAGCUCUUCGGAAGGUAGCUACAUUUCGACAUGGAGGGCGCUUUCCAAUACUCAGCUAUUAUCAUAAAAAAAAUGGAAUGGUAAUUAUGCGAAGUGGUCAGCCACUCACUGGCACUAAUGGGAGAAGGUGCAAGGAAGACGAGAAGCUGAUAAACGCUACCCUCAGAGCAGGAAAGCGCGGCUACAUCAUUGACACUCGGAGUCUAAAUGUAGCUCAGCAAGCUAGAGCCAAAGGAGGUGGCUUUGAACAAGAAGCCCAUUAUCCCCAGUGGAGGCGAAUCCAUAAGUCCAUUGAGAGGUAUCACAUUCUUCAGGACAGCUUAAUCAAACUUGUGGAAGCUUGUAAUGACCAAACGCAUAACAUGGACCGAUGGCUCAGUAAGUUGGAGGCCUCCAACUGGCUGACUCAUGUCAAAGAGAUUCUGACCACUGCCUGCCUGGCAGCUCAGUGUAUUGACAGGGAAGGAGCAUCGGUUCUGAUUCAYGGAGCAGAAGGAACUGACUCCACCCUGCAGGCGGCCUCCCUGGCUCAGAUCAUUUUGGAACCACGGAGCCGGACCGUCCGAGGUUUCGAGGCCCUUAUAGAAAGAGAGUGGCUUCAGGCUGGUCACCCGUUCCAACAGCGCUGUGCACAGUCAGCUUAUUGCAAUAGCAAGCAGAAGUGGGAGGCGCCUGUAUUUCUUCUCUUCUUGGACUGUGUUUGGCAGAUACUCCGUCAGUUCCCUUGCUCUUUUGAGUUUAAUGAGCAUUUCCUCAUCAUGCUCUUUGAGCAUGCAUAUGCCUCACAGUUUGGAACAUUUCUGGGCAACAAUGAAAGUGAAAGAUGUAAAUUGAAGCUCCAGCAGAAAACGAUGUCUCUCUGGUCCUGGGUCAAUCGGCCCAGUGAGCUGAGUAAGUUUGCCAAUCCUCUCUUCGAAGCCAACAACUUGGUCAUCUGGCCUUCGGUUGCUCCACAGAGUCUCCAGCUGUGGGAAGGAAUUUUCCUACGUUGGAACCGAUCCUCCAAGUAUGUGGAUGAAGCAUAUGAGGAAAUGGUGAACAUCAUUGAGUACAACAGGGAAUUACAAGCAAAGGUCAAUAUCCUGAGGAGGCAGUUGGCAGAACUGGAAACAGAGGAUGGACUGCGGGAGAGUCCCUGAAAGACCCCCACCAUCUUAAGGACCUUCAUGGCCGAGUCCUCCUCUUCCCCUCUCUUUCUGCAGUUCACUUGUACUUGAUAGCCUUCAACUUAAGGCUUUGGACAGGGGACCCCUCUGAUGUCAUGCUCUCUCAGCACUGUAGAAACCACACCCACUAUGAUCACAUUGCUUUGGAAACAGGAAGGAGGUCCCAUUUUACAUGGGAUCGGUGACCUGUUUAAUGGCAUUUGUGUCACACAUCAUUUUACCAAAACUCUCCUCCUCGUCCUGUUUCCAAACAGUACUCCAGACCAGUUGAGGGUAUGAUGAAAUCUCUUUAGGGAAUAUUUGGUGGAUUAAUAAGAGUCAAGCUUUUUAGCACUCUUGGUAUAGAAAUGUUUUUUAAAACUGAAGUGGUUAAUAAACAAAAAAUUUUGUUUAAUAUGCCAUUUCCAUUAUCUUUGCAACAUAAAAUGACCAUUCUCUUACAAUUUUAGACUAAAAAAAUUUGAAUUCAUUCUCAUUCUGGAUUGUCAAGAAAGGAAAAUUGGAAUACUUGUUCAAGGUACCUUCUUUCUGUAAGGGCAACAGGUAUGGUCAUUUGAUUUUUGCAUUAAGAAGAAUUAAAUUUAUUUGAAGAGCAGACACUAAAAGUAUGUGCAAUAUAGAAUUCAAGUAGGAAUUUGUUAUUAAGAGAGAACUGUUACUAUUGAAUUUGUUUUUCAGGUCUCUGACCAUGCAUAUAAAAUGUGUAUCAAAUACUGGAUAUAAAAUUAAAUCAUCAUUUAGAAUAAGGUUAAUUUGUUAAGAUUAAGCUACAAAUAUGGUUUCCUUAAACCAGAGAUGCACUGCCCUUGUYAGAAGUUCUAAUUGCACUGUUUUAUAUGUGUAUGUGUGCGUUUAUUUUAUUUUUAAGUAUUUUAAGCAUUUACUGGGACUAUGGUUGUUAAAACUUUCUUGUUGGCUGGAGCCAUUCGAAAGUUUAUCUUGACUCCACUAAUUUGCCCAAUAUGUGUUAGGCAAACAUGAUUUAACUGAAGGAGGAGAUUUUUUUAAUACGAUGCAGCUCUGUUUAAACCUCAGAAGCAGUUCUGCAGCGUCUCAGUGUUACAGAACAGCAGUGGCUGUGCUCCUGCUCUGCAUCUUGGUUAUAACCGCAGCUCUGAAUGUUUGUGGUUCAGUACUGUCCAGAUGUGUUUCUAUCUAAUGGCACUGCUCAUGGUAACAAUACCAUCUGUUCUAGUUUUCCUUUAAGAGAAUAUUUGGAGAGUAAUAACGUUUCUACACCAUAUGUGCAUAUGAUUUCAGUAGUAACAUGGCAUUGGACCCUGCUGCAGAGUUAGGUAUUGAGGUAAAAAUACAACUUUCAAAAAUAUACUCUUGCAAAAUUUAUGGCCACAUUCAGGAGCCUUAGAAAGUGGCAGAUGCUUUCUGUCUUCAAAUUCCCAAACUUCCUCUUUUUCGCCUUUCUCAGACUUGUACAAAAGGCUGGAUAACAAUCAACAGUCAAAUGGUCUAGGUAAGUUUGCCUGCCUUCUUCUCUAAGCUCAGUUUUAUUCUUGGCCUAUUUUCUUGACUGUAGUCAUGAUUCCUGGGGCAUUGACACCUUCACAAAAGACUAAGGGAAGGAGCUUUAGAGGUGUUCUUGCUGCCCAUAUCUCCGUGUUCUAUGAAAUGUCUGGGUUUCGAAAAAGAAGAAACAGCCUCACUUUUUUAUGGAUCCUCAAAAUUCCUUUUGUUGGUUUGUGCAGCUGAUCUUUUUGUCUUCUCUUAUUUUUGUCUCAAGG